ACACCCCACCGUCAACUCUCCCUCUUCCUCCUGGGUUGUCUCCUAUUUUAUGCCUUGGGAAAAGGGGGGAAAAAAUCCCUGCCAGGGCACGUCUGAACUGUGACAGCCCCGCCCAUUACUAGUCCUGUGGUUUUGCACCUGCCUCACCACCCCUGCCACUUAGAGCGCAAAAACCCUCCAGGAGCUCCUGUACCUGCACUGCAGCGUUUAUUCAGCCUUCACUGCCGUGUCUCUGCUGUGUCUCCUUCACGGGUCCACUGAGGCAUCGCCACCGUCCAAUGUGAACAGGUAUAUGCAACAUGAGGACAUCUGAGGAGCGACUGCAGCCCAACCCCAAAUGAUGAAGACGCAGCGGUGAAGAUAAAGAAGAAGACGAAGGAGAAAUCGGUGCAGCCGGGAGCAGAGAUUUACUGAGUGAAAUCCGCGCGUCUGCGUGUCCAUGUACAUGUGCAAAGUAACGCGAAGGUGGACGUAAACAUGCAAUAAGUGACAGAGGCAACCAGGUAGUCUACUACGCAAGAGCGCUCCCUCUGGACCUCCUCACUGAACUUUACCCGCUGAGCUUUGACGCGAUGGCUGCCGCCGCUGCUGCUACUGCUCUGGGGGAAGUUGGAGGCGUCUUGCACGGCAUCGAGGGUGUCCCACAGGUCGGGUCCCAUUUCCUGCUGACCCCUCUUGGGGACAGUCCAACGCUGCUAGGGGAGCACCUCAUACCUGGGGACAGGCUCUCCCGGAGCACCACGGCGGAUUUAACGCACCUCAAAGGGAUUCUCAGGAGGAGACAGUUAUACUGCAGAACUGGGUUUCAUCUUGAAAUACUUCCGGAUGGCACAGUGCAAGGCACGAGGAAAGACCACAGUCGUUUUGGUAUUUUGGAAUUCAUAAGCCUUGCUGUUGGGUUGAUAAGCAUUAGAGGGGUGGACAGUGGACUCUAUCUGGGAAUGAACGACAAAGGAGAGCUGUAUGGCUCUGAUAAGCUCACAGCUGAAUGUGUCUUCAGGGAGCAGUUCGAGGAGAAUUGGUACAACACAUACUCCUCCAACCUCUACAAGCACGGAGAUAAAGGGACGCGUUACUUUGUGGCAUUAAAUAAAGACGGGACACCAAGGGACGGGACUAAAUCCAGGCGGCACCAGAAAUUUACACACUUCUUGCCAAGGCCUGUGGACCCCGACCGUGUGCCAGAGCUGUACAGGGAUGUCCUGGGACACAGCUGAGACCUGGAGCCCUGGUCCAGUUCAGGAAUAGCUGCUAAACCCCCUGGCAGGCAGGAAGCAGAGAAAAGAAGAUGGAUGCAGCCAUGGGGAUGUGGCCGGGGCAGGCUGGUGGACAGCAGCCCGAUCAGCAGGGAUGAAGGCUCCGGGGCCUCUCAUAGGAAUGCAUGGGCCAUCUCUCAGCAGCCAGGAAGACAGACUAGAAUGUCUGCACACUCGGUAUAAGGGGGUCAUUUGUUUGAAAUUAUGGAUGACCCUAAAAAGUACCUGCGUGAAAUUGGAGACGAAUGGGAAAUGGAGCUGGAUGGUCAGGAAGCAUCUCCUCUGGUCACACAGAGGCGUCAGCUGAUGCAGAGUCCGUGGGAAUCUGUACUAAAUCUGUACUCAUCACGAAAUGGUACUUUUAACUUGGGUACUGUGUCAGAGAGAAGUAGUUUGUUCAGAAGGACUUUGAAGGAAUACUCUUUCUUUUUCUUACCUGUGUCUAGUCUUCUUUGGAAAGAGCUAAAAAUGUAACAAUUUAUUUAUUCAUUUUAGAUACAUAUAUUUAUGUUAUAUAUUUAUUUAUUUGAGAAUAUAUUUUUACAGUUAGAUACAUGAAAUUUAGAAAACAACUAGAAACUGUAUCGAUUAUAUAAAGACUGAGACACUGUACCUUUAUGCCUUUUAUUCUGAAAAAGCUCUGCUAGUGUUAAUACUGUAGAAUGACCACAAAUAUGAAACAUAUUAUCUCAAUUUGGAAAAUAUUCCCACAUCUGAAAUGCAUUUAAU